UCUCCCUCUCCAUCUCUCCCUUUCUCGAUCUCUGUGCUGGCCCCUCUCUCUCGCUCGCUCACCUCUGCUCCUCCCCUUUCCGUCGCGUCCGCUCCUCCCCUCCUCCAUCACCUCCCUCCCGUCUCUCCCCUCCCGCGGACUCCACCGCUGCCGCCUCCCUCUACCGCUGCCACGGUGCCACCUCCCAGGACUGAAGAUUCAGAUUUACCUGUUACUCAAACUUCUUUUGAGUUCUAUAAUUAUUAAGCUGAUAUAUGGAUAUGAUUUACUACAGAGCAAUAUAUAGACAGCUUUGAUAAAAAAUUUACUUCUUGGUGUCAAGAUUUUGCAAUAUUCAUCUUAACUUCUGUUUCUUUUAAUUCUACUUAUCGUGCCUUCACCCUCCACCGGUAAACAUGCAAAAUGAUGAGCAUCCUAGCAAUUCUGAAACCCUUUUCCCUGUCGCCCGAUCAAGUACAUCCUUUCCUCAUUCUGAACCUCAGACAGUUGCUACUAAUCAAUCUGAUUCGUCAUGUGCAUCUCAAGAUGUUUUACUAAGUUCCUCUCAGUCUGCUGAGGUUGCCACUGAUGAAGGGUUGGCAAAGGAAAACCAGAGUGUCAGUGGAUUGAGCAUUGGGGAUGCUAAAAAUAUUGACUCUGCCAUCCAACAUGCUGUGCUCCAGGAGCAAGAAAUCAGCACUCAGCAAAUUAUACAUAAUCAAAGACAAGCAAAAGGUCUAGCAGGAGCUCAAGAAGAUAGCACCGACAUACUUUCUGGGCGUCAUGAUCCCCAUGCACUAAAGGAGCAUCUACUAAAGAUAACGACCAGUCAUCGUGCGGAGAUGGCUAGCAAAAGGGGAAAGCUUAAUCAGCAUGACAAUGGCAAUGUAGAAAUUGGUAAUGGCUAUGGUGUACCAGGAGGUGGUGCUUACUAUUCCUCAGUGCCAUUAACCGUCCAAUCCACUACAGAAAACGUUCAUGAAGAGAAAACUGCUAAAGAGAUACCUGACUAUUUGAAGCAAAGGUUAAAAGCAAGGGGAAUUCUUAAAGAUGAGAAAGCGGUUAGCAACUGUCCAGCAGCUGAUAAUAAUUCUGAUAAUGAUCAUACCACAAAUGUUCGCAAGUUGCCUCCUGGUUGGGUCGAAGCAAUGGAUCCUGCUAGUGGAUCUUCAUAUUAUUACAGUGAGAAUACUGGCGAAAGCCAGUGGGAGUACCCAAUGCAAAGUGCUACUCAUGUGGAAGACCUUGUUUCGUCAUCCUUUCCAGAUUGGGAAGAAGCAAUUGAUGCUUUGACAGGAGUAAAGUACUAUUACAAUACAAAAACACUGGCAACACAAUGGGAGCCUCCACAUGCCACAGCACAAGUUAUUUCAUCUAAUGCUCUACCCAAUACUGCACAACGUGAAGCUAAUGUUACUGUUUAUCUCGAGCAAACUCAUCUGAAGAGAUGCUUAGGGUGUGGCGGAUGGGGACUUGGGCUAGUUCAGUCAUGGGGCUAUUGCAAUCAUUGCACACGGAUUCAAAAUCUUCCGUUUCAACAAUAUCCAUCUUCUGGUGUGAAUGGUCAGCACCAAGCAAGCAAUAUUAACUUAUCAAAGAGCCAAGAAAAUUAUGCUGGAAAAAACAGAUCAACCUUGAAACCCCCACCUGCAAGAGGAGGCAAUAGAAGAGACAACAAGAAAAGAAUCCAUGCAGAGGACGAAGAGUUGGAUCCAAUGGAUCCAAGUUCUUACUCAGAUGCUCCACGCGGUGGCUGGGCUGUUGGCUUAAAAGGGGUACAACCGCGAGCAGCUGAUACAACUGCCACUGGUCCUCUGUUUCAACAGCGGCCUUAUCCUUCUCCAGGAGCGGUGCUGCGAAAGAAUGCGGAGAUAGCGGCCCAGACAAAGAAACAUGGUUCACACAGUGAUAUGGCUCCAAUCUCUAAAAGAGGGGACGGCAGCGAUGGACUUGGGGAUGCAGAUUAACAAGUAUUCCAUUUGAGUUUUGGCUUGUUCCUCUUGAAGAGCUCAUCUGAUACUAUUAACUGGGAAUCUUGAAAAGAUAAGAAGUUUGAUCUGUCAUCCUCUUUCAGGUCUGGCUACUGUAUUUGGAAGGUGUGUCAAGUGAGGCUUAAAAAUCGUAUACGGUAGUUUAGAUGGAUAAAUCGUCUGAUAUGAUCGGCAUGAAAAGUAGCUACUAACUGGGAUCUGCACAUAGUGGUAGUCUCUUUGGAUUGAUUUGGAUGGACCCUGAUGAUGUCGAGAAAUGCCAACUGUUGUUCAUAUGUGUUUUUCUCAUUAUAAGUUUUAAUGUAAACAGUUUGCAUGUUCAGACGGUUGUGUAUUGUACACUAAUAUUUUUUUGGGUUAUAGUCAAUUGUUAAUUAUAGUAUUUAGGUUUUUUGCAUUGCUUUUUACGGGGCUAAAACAGGAUAGGAAAAAAAAAAUGCUUUUUCUUGUUUAUCACCCAUCAUUUUCUUGAAUUAGCUGCCUGUAGCGGGGUUUAGUGUUCAAUACUAAUCAUGAAGUUUAAAA